AUGGUGGCCAGCGAAGAGGAACAGCGAGCGAGUGCCCGGGCAGCAGAGCGAGUUAGAUGCCUUCUUAUCUCCCACUCCACCCAAGGGUGGGAGGUGAGCUCUGCAGAGGCGCUUCUGAACUCUGUGUCUGCGCUGACCAAGGACAACAACUGGAAACACUACUUCUCAGAAUUAUUUGAGUCCAGCAAUGGUGACGAAGAGGAGAUGUUAGUAUGUGAAGAAGAUUUAGAGUAUAAUCCUUUUGAUGGCUUACCAUACUCAUCUCAUUAUUACAAACUUUUGAAAGAAAGAGAGGAACUUCCAUUUUGGAAAGAAUAUGCUUCUAUGGAGAGUCUUCUUCGUAAUCAAACUGUGAUUGUUUCAGGAGAUGCUAAGAGUGGCAAAAGUUCCCAAGGGGGUUUGUUAAAGAAAAGGGGUGAAAUCCUGAACCUAUUGAAGUCACAGAGAGCUUUUCCAUUGACUUCAAAGGGACCAGGGUUUAAUCUGAACAUUUUAGAAGUGUCCACCGUUCUUCUGAGCUGCUAUGGAGUCAUCUUAGAUGAAGCUCAUGAAAGAACUGUUGCAACUGAUGUAUUACUUGGAGUUCUUAAAGAUGUUUUCAUAUCAAGACCAGGGCUGAAGCUGCUAAUAGUUAUAUCUCUUCACAUGUCCAGCAAAUGUCAGACUUAUUAUGGUAGCACACCUCUCAUAAGAGUGGAAAACAAACACUGUGCAGAAGUUGUGUACAUCUGCAGCAUUCAGAAAGACCAUUUCCUUUCUGCUUUAAGAUUGCUCUUUGAGAUACAUCAUACAAAAGAGAGGGACAAUAUUGUGCUCUUUCCAGCAUGUGAACAAGUAAGUGAUUGAUCCUACCAGAUUAUCUGACAUGAGGGAUCUAAUUUAAAUUCUGAUCUUGGAGAAUUAGUCCCUCUAGAUCCCAGCCACAAAGAUAUAAUUCAAGCCAAAUGAAGAAAAAAACACUGCAAAAAUUACAGAAGAAAAGUGCUAUUAACCAUGAGCUCUGGAGAGUUUUUCGUCUGGAUUCAUACUGUAACCUUUGCAAUUGAUAUUAGUUUAGAGAGAGUAAAUAUAUGCAGUCCUAGAAUCAGGCUGCAUUAUAAGAGAGUCUGCUCUAUCAAUAAAAGCCAAGAAGAUAUGUGCAAGCAAAUUCUGGGCAAGUCUUCAUCAGGCAAACUCUUCUGCCUCUACCCUGGAUAAUUUACAUACAAGGAAAUUAAACCAGGCCUGUCAGCCAGAAUACAGGACUCAAAUCUAACUAGCAUAGUUCUUUUUCUGAAGAGGAUGGAUUUAGCAGGCUUAGGCCACUGUGAUCAUGUAGCGUGACCUACUCCUGAAAAUCUGAUGCAGGGUUUAGAAGAUCUUGAUUAUCUGGCACAGGAUAAUGAUGGAAACCUUUUUGAAUUUGGAAUAAUUAGGUCAGAGUUUCCUCAGGAUCCACAGCUGUCAAAGUCCAUUUUAGCUUCAUGUGAAUUUGACUGAAUGCUCACCAUUGCUGCUAUGGUAACAGGAAUUCCUAAAUAAUGUUUUAGUCACCUAAAUCCAUUCCCUGGAACAAAGGAGGAUACUCUUACCUGCUGGCAAAAAAUCUUCCACCCCAGAGGAGAUCACUAUACUCUGAUCAAUGUCUACAAGGCCUACAAAGAUACCAGCACAAACUCCACAAGCCAAUAUUUGUGGAACUGGCACCUCAAUAAUAUUUUAGCAAUCUGCCUCCUAGAGAAAGCAAGGAGAUUCUGCAGGAAGUAA